GUAGCAUUGACAUGAGUUAGCUUAGCUAGCAGAGCAGCUAGCAGUCAGAGCAUGAACUCUGUAAGCAGUCAGCUUGGUCCUGGACAUUGUUACUGACAUAAAGCUGCAGCCAUGUUUGACCUUUGUAGGACUACAGUAAUGGAGGAUUUGGAGGCUGAACUGGGCUCUGUGACAGUUUUUGUAGUGAACUGAUGAAAGCUGUGUCUCAGAUGGAUGUUAGUCCAACACAUCAGACACGACCUCUGCAGCUCUCAGUUGAUGUGCACAUGAAUGAUUUGUGUUUCCUCUGCAGGUGAAGGUAGAAAGUGUGUGUGAGCUGAUGUGAAUUGAGCAGCAUGGAUCAGUGUGAGGACAGAGAGGAGGGAGUCCCUCCCUCUAAAAGCACUCUGUGUGGGGAACAUGAGAGCCAGACCAAAGCUCAGAGGAACCCACCUGGACCUCCACCCAGCUGUGUGUCCUGUAAGAGUGACGCGUCUAAAGAUGCCAUCUUUAAUUUUAAAGUCCAGCCUGUGUCUGCAGCAGAGAGAGGUCAGAGGUCACAGUCUGCAGGGUCCAGCUGUCCGUCUGUGAGGAGUGACCGGUCCAAACGUGACCCUCCAGACUUCAGUGGUGAACCUGGACCAACGAGAGAGAGGAAGAGGAAGAGGAGUGGUGUUUGUGAGGAGGAGCAGCUAUCCUGCUGUGCUUUGUGUCAGGACGUCGUGAAGGAUCCAGUCUCUACCAGCUGUGGACACUGGUUCUGCAGACAGUGCAUCUGCUCAUACUGGGACCAGUCUGCUUCAUCAGGAGACUCCUCCUGUCCCCAGUGUGGAGAAAGAUCCAGAAGCAGAGCUGGACUGCAGACAGCCAGUCAGAGCAGCUGUGUACAAACAGAUGUUGGUCUGCAGGAGGUUUUAGAUGAACAUAAGGUCAGUCUGAGGAGGAGAUGUGAACGUGUGACUGAAGGAAGUGAUGAAACAGGAAGUAGAACCCUCCUCAACAGGAUCUACACUGAGCUCUACAUCACAGAGGGACAGAGUGAAGAGGUUCAUACCCAACAUGAGGUGAGGCAGCUGGAGACAGCUUCCAAGAUGGACGCCCUCCAUGACGCUCCAAUCAGGUGCCAGGACAUCUUUAAAGCCUUACCUGACCAACAGAGACCCAUCAGAGUGGUUCUGACCAACGGUGUCGCUGGUGUUGGAAAAACCUUCUCAGUGCAGAAGUUCACUCUGGACUGGGCAGAGGGCUUGGAGAACCAACAUGUCAGUGUGGUGGUUCUGCUUUCAUUCAGGGAGCUGAACCUGAUCAGAGAUGAGCAGUACAGUCUUCUGCAGCUGCUCCAUGUUUUCCAUCCAACAUUACAGAAGGUCACAGCAGAGAAGCUGGCUGUCUCUCAGCUUUUGUUCAUCUUUGACGGCCUGGAUGAAAGCAGACUUUCAUUGGAUUUCACCAACAGGAAGCUGCUGUCUGAUGUCACACAGAAGUCAUCAGUCAGCCAGCUGCUGACAAACCUCAUCCAGGGGAAUCUGCUUCCCUCGGCUCUCGUCUGGAUAACUUCCCGACCUGCAGCAGCCAAUCAGAUCCCUCCUACAUGUGUUGACAGGCUAACAGAAGUACGAGGCUUCACUGACGCCCAGAAGGAGGAGUACUUCAGGAGGAGAUUCAGUGAUGAAGAGCUGUCCAGCAGAAUAAUCUCCCACUUGAAGACAUCCAGGAGCCUCCACAUCAUGUGUAGUAUCCCAGUCUUCUGCUGGAUCACUGCUACAGUUCUGGAGCACAUGUUGACUACAGAGCAGAGAGGAGAGCUGCCCAAGACCCUGACUGACAUGUACUCACACUUCCUGCUGGUUCAGACAAAGAGGAAGAAGAACAAGUACCAUGAGGGACAUGAGACGAGUCCACAGAAGCUGACAAAGACUGACAGGGAAGUUCUUCUGAAGCUGGGGAGGCUGGCGUUUGAACAUCUGGAGAAAGGAAACAUCAUGUUCUACCAAGAAGACCUGGAGCAGUGUGGUCUGGAUGUGACAGAGGCCUCGGUGUACUCAGGAGUUUGUACAGAGAUCUUCAAAAGAGAGUGUGUGCUCUUCCAGAAACCAGUCUACUGCUUUGUUCAUCUGAGCAUUCAGGAGUUUCUGGCUGCAGUCUACAUGUUCCACUGUCACACCAACAGGAACACAGAGGUGCUGAAGAAGUUCCUGGGAAAAAAAUACAAAGAGUCAUCUCUGGAUGAUUUUUUGAUGGAAACACUAAUAAAAUCCUUCAGGAGUAAAAAUGGUCGUCUGGACCUGUUUGUUCACUUCCUUCAUGGCCUCUGUCUGGAGUCCAACCAGAGACUCUUAGUAGGUCUGCUGGAUCAGACAGAGAACGGUCCAGGAACCAUCCAGAGAGUCAUCAACAACCUGAAGGAGAUGAACAGUGAUGAAAUCUCUCCAGACAGAAGCAUCAACAUCUUCCACUGUCUGAUGGAGAUGAACGACCUCUCAGUACAUCAGGAGAUCCAAAAGUUUCUAAAGUCAGAGAACAGAUCAGAAAAGAGACUCUCUGAGAUCCAGUGCUCAGCUCUGGCCUUCAUGCUGCAGAUGUCAGAGGAGGUUCUGGAUGAGUUUGUCCUGCAGAAGUACAACACGUCAUGGCGGGGACGACUGAGACUGAUUCCAGCUGUGAGGAACUGCAGAAAGGCUGGAGUGACUCGGUGUUGGCUCUCAGAGACUCACUGUGAAGUUGUGGCCUUAGCUCUGAAGUCCAACCCCUCCCAUCUGACAGAGGUGAACAUGAGUUGGAACGAGCUGCAGGAUUCAGCAGUGAAGCAUCUGUGUGCUGGACUGGAGAGUCCAAACUGUCGGCUGGAGACUCUGAUAUUGAGGAGCUGUGGUUUGUCAGAGAUCAGCUGUAAUUAUCUGGCAGCAGCGUUGAAGUCCAACUCCUCGUAUCCCAGAGUACUGGACCUGAGUGGAGACUACAACAACCUGCUGGAUUCAGGAGUGAAGCAGCUGUGUGUUCUUCUGGAGAAUCCACGAUGUCGAUUUGAAACUCUAAGAUUGUUUAACUGUGGUUUGUCAGAGACCAGCUGUGAUUAUCUGGCAGCAGCUCUGAAGUCCAACCCCUCCCAUCUGAGAAAGCUGGACCUGAGUGAGAACUACAACCUGCAGGAUCCAGGAGUGAAGCAUCUGUGUGGUUUUCUACCGAAUCCAGGAUGUGGACUUGAAACUCUGAGAUUGAUGAGGUGUCGUUUGUCAAAGAUCAGCUGUGAUUAUCUGGCAGCAGCACUGAAGUCCAACCCCUCCUAUCUGAGAGAGCUUGACCUGAGAGGAAACAACCUGAAGGAUCCAGAUGUGAAGCAGCUGGGUGAUCUUCAGCAGAGUCCAGACUACAAACUGGAGACUCUGAGGUGGAGCUGAGGAUGGUAAACAGGACGGUGUGUGUGCUGAGAGAGGAGGAGCUGUGUCCUGAUGAUCCAGAGAGGUUGAAGCAGCAGCAGCUUGUGUGUAGAUACGCUCUGACUGGGCCAUGUUACUGGGAGGUGGAGUGGAGAGCUUCAUCCAGCAGUGACUGACGGAGGAAUGAAGUGCAGAUGACUGUCAGUGCUGCAGAGUAAACUGCUCUGAGAACUGCUCCACUGUCAGACACAAUGUAGAGUCCAGCGUCAUCCCUGUGUUUCCCUCUGGAUCUGACAGAGAUCCACCUGUUUCAUUUCUAUAGAUCAGUCGAUCAGUUUAAAAUGAUACAUGAAAAAAGUUAAAAUCUUCUCACAGCUGGACUUUUUCAUGCUUUUAUACAUAAUAACAGGACACACGAUCUGACUGCUGCUGUGGUUGCUGUGCUGCACGUCUUCAAUCAUUUAGAUAACAGACACAUCUAGUGGUUCAGAGGGAGAACUGCUGGAGGAGGAGAUGUGUUUUCACAUAGAACACUUUUUUUCAUUAUUAUCUUUUUAGGCAUAUGUGCAAAUAUGCCAACACUAAUUUAAAUGUCACAAAUCCAGAGCUAAUCCUUCCUCCAACCUCUCCUCACCAAUGAGAACAAACUCAGCAUCAGCUCAGAGUAGUGUAGUUACAUCAGUAAAGUUUAAGUCAUCUGAUUAUUAUUAUUUGAUUUUGCUAAACUGCUUUAAUAAAGUUUCCUGUAAUGAAAGUGUAAAUUGUGGACGUUGACUCUUUAAGCUUUAGUGAAACAGUGAAGGUAAAAGCCUGAGUAUUAUUCUUUAUCAGUUCAAACAGCUCUUACAGGUUAGCCUAGCAUCAUAAAAUCCUGUUUCCUUGGAGCUGCUGUCCAGCCUACUAAAACCAUCCCUCCAUCUUCUUCCACUGAUCUGUGAAGUUGUCACUAUAUCAGUGAGUUCCAGCACAAUCAGAAGGAAAGGAUUCAGUAAUGACUGAGCGUUUGGAUUCAGGGAUCAGUCCUGGAGUCUGGACUGCUCUGAUGAUGCUCCUCAGUCUAACUUAUUCAACGAAAUCAUCUGUGUUAUUUUCUCCUGCUGUGAACUCAGGGAUCCACUCAAAGCUCAAAUCCAAACCAGUGAAGAAACUCUGCUGGAAAGAAUUCAGCAUUGAUUUAAAAACAGUGACAGUUUAUGAAAUGAAGUCACCAAAAUGAAGCAACUUGUUUCAAAUCACAAACACUUUUUGCAUUUCUUCACAGCAUAUUUUCUGUAUCAUUAACAGAUAUUUUCAGUUCAUAGAAAAAUGUAAAGUUCUCUUUAUGUGACCAUUUACAGGCACUUCUUUUCACUGUAACUCGUUAAAUGGACUUCUUUAUAUUUCUAUGCAAUUGCAAGCUGAAAUGUGAAAAUUCAAACAUCCUAAAAUGAUCUUUGUACACGACAACAUUGGAACAAUUCAUGUGAAAUAUCUUCAAAUCACAAACUAAAGUCAAAUCUAACGACAGCAUCCACCUGCUCAUAAAAUGACUAAACAGCUGAUACAUGAACAAAAUCACUCACAAACCUUUUGGACUUGAAAUCAGUUUGUGCUCAUGUGAAUGUGUGCAUAUACAUUCAUGCAUGAAAGUGUUUUCUUCUAACACCUGACAAACAGCAAAUGUCAUAUUGAACAAUAUUGUCACAUUUAACAUCAGGUCCAGAGAAACUAAAGUUAGAAUCAGUGCUAUGCUUGUUUUGGCUCAGCCAAACAGUUAAGUGUGCUUCACAUCCAUGUGUGUCCACUCAUGAUACAGUACACACAUGUAGUCAGUUAGAGCCAAAAAGCCACCUUUGAUUACUGAAUGACAUUCACUUCAUCAGUGAAUCCCAGUGAGAACUCUUUGGGCUCUUUACCUAACAAUAUAACGAGCUUUGAGACUAAAUAUGUUUGUUAAGUGGUGCUGUAUGAAUAAAGCUGAACACAUCUAAAGAAGCUGUUCCUGAAAUGUGGCUUUAUUAGAACAAGACGGAUGGAUGAGCACAGCCCUCUCAGCACAGGGCUGACAGGAGGUUUUUACACCAAA